UCAUUAUCAUUACUCAAUCUAUGAUUAGAUCUACAAGCGUUCAGCUCGACAUAGUCUCGACAGACCUAUUGCAUGAAGUAAUGUUUCGUUACCUCCUCCUGUUUCUCUCUUGUAUUACUGUUACCAGAGGUUGUAGACAUAGAGAUCCAGGUGACAUUGGUACUAUAAUUUGUCUCAAUCACUGGAUACAUGAUCACAAUAACAGAUCAUUAUAUUGCUGUCAAGGCAACUAUUGUAAUGGGUGUCCAGAUAUUGAGAGAUUGUGUGAGAUUAAAAGUCUACUGAAUGUCACUGAUCCUCCUCCUGAAUGUAAUACCACUCUUCUCACCUGUACUCCUUCUAGUUCUAUCUCAAUGACUAGUACUCCUGGGAUUUCAUCGUCUCCAAUCCCUUCUUCGUCAGUUACUGUGUCCAGUACAUCUGUCCCUACCCCCAAUGGAUUUUCUCAGACUUGCAUCACCUUUAUUGCCACAGUCACCUUCUUAUUCACAUUCACAGUAUAAUUUUAGUUUCCUGUUUUUUUUAAUUUUUAAGUUUUAAUUUAAAUUUAAUUAUGAUUAACUUUAUUAAAACCA